AUGGAUUUUUCGGAAAGAAAAGUGGUCACACCAGCACAAAGAAAGAAUGGAUUAUAUGAAUUGUAUGAAUGGGAAGGGAAAAAGGUUGUCGAAGUGAAUAGAUUCAACCCAUUAGACAUUUUCUUGGUUUGCUUGGUUCCAUCAUUGACUGGUUGUAUCUCGUGUAUUGUGAUUGCUUUGUUGUACCACCAUGACGCGAUCUCAAACUAUAAUUGGCAGUGUGGGAGAGCUCGCCUCCCUUCCCUCUCCCGAAUCAUCAAUCUACCGCUAGAAAGAACGAUUUGGCAAAUGGUGAUCUUAUAUCAUGCUCCAAUGAGGGUCAUCGGCUUAGCAACCGGCUUCACUCGCUUCGCACGACUUCGCUCGAAUCUUUGCUCAAACACUGAGCUAUUCGAAUUAAGUAGGUACGCUUAUUUGGGCUUUGGCGUUUUGGAGUUGGGCUUGAUGAUUGCCAUUUCGAUUAUCGGAGAGAGGGAGAAUAUUAAACUUCACGUCGUUCUCUUCUACGCUUUUGGUCUCGUCGGAAUGGUGCAUUUCUUUGCUAAUAUUUAUUGUCAUCGAUACUCAAUCUAUUUUCUCAAGCCAUAUGGUGUUAUGGCCUAUCGUCUAAAAGUGCUCUUCUUUUGUAUGUAUGUGCUAUCGGCGCCCGUUUUGUGCGCCUCAUUUUUCUUGUAUUGGAAAGCUUGUAUUACUGUUGCCUAUGAUAUUUUCGCGAUCACCGAGUACGCGGGUGUGGUGAUCAACAUUUCAUUUCAUUGUUUAGUCUUCUUCGAUAUCCGACAUAAAGUAAUCUUUUCUGUGAGACAUUACGAGCCUUUACCACCAAAACCUAUCGCCGUCACUACCGUAAUCCCUGUGAAUCGAGUACCAUCGAUUCAGCAAAGAAGUCGGGCACAGGCU